AUGAGUCUCUCUCUCUCCCUUACACCUCGCUGCCCAACAUGCAACAAAACCGACAAACUCCUUCGCUGCCUGGGUUGUGGCGUCAUGUUCUAUUGUGGCAAGGAGCACCAAGCCUCUGACAGACCAGCUCACAAAAAGGCAUGCAGCUCUGUGAAGAAGGUACAAAAGCACCUUGAAAUCGAAGAGCAGAAAUUGCGCAAUCACCCAGGAGACUUCAUGACCCCCGACAAUAUAUUCGAGAACGGUGUCGGUCAUUUCUGGGGAAUCCACGAGACCCGACCAUACAUGAGAGCUCGACACGUUCUCGUCGAUGCACUUCUUACAAUUAAGACGAAAGCCGCGGUACAAGCAGCACUAGAUCAUGUUUUGGACAUAUUGAGAUUGUGCCGGGGUGACAACAUGGGCGUCCGCAGUAUCGCUCCUGGAUUGUAUCUUCGUUUGGGAAAGGACCAAGAAUGCUACGACUUUGUCAAAUGGUGGCGGACAACUGGCCAAGAAUCAGAUUAUGACUGGGGAAACACUGAUAAUCCCUACCUUGACGUCAAAGAUGCCGAUGCCUUCGAGGAAAGUGGGUUUGUUGGAAGCAAAUACACCGAUCCCAGCUUUGGGGCUGCAAUUACUGUCUUGAAAAUCAGACUCCUCUUGGACUUGAAGGCUUUGCAAAAUGCUUCUCUUAUUGGCAAGAAGGUCCCACAAGAGCUUCUCGACCAAAUUCGAGGCCAACUGGUCAGUACGAUCGUUGGGAACAACAAGGAUAUCAUGGAUAGUGAGGAUCAGGGACCACUUGUCAAGAAAUUAGAGGACCAGGUGAAGCAGAUGCAUGUUGCCGUUGGCAAGAGCAACAAGUAUUUCUGGCCUGCUCUUCUCAAUCCCGGACCACAUUUGACAGCGACUUUGACCAUGUAUAGCCAUGGAACGAUACCACAUAUGCAGCUGUGCCUUCAGCAGUCAUACGACUCUUGGGCUGAAACACCUGGAGCUAUCGAUAUCAUUCGGAAGCUGGAGAAGGGUGAGGAUCUCUAA